AUCCUUUGCCUGUCCUUUGGUAUCACAAACCCUGACAAAAAGCUAACACAUUCAAACAAUAAAUCACCCACACAACCUUCGACCACAUUGCUCCCAUUCUUCAACCAAAAUCUCUCUCUCUCUCUCUUUUGCUCGUGCUCUCAUGCUCAAGUGACUCCCCUGUGCUGUGCCCCAAAUGAAGACCAUCAUGGCAGCCAAAUUCCCUCAUGACUCUUCCUUCUCCUUCUCAAGGAGAUACUUCCACUGGAAGAAGAAAGCUUCGGACGAAGACGACGAUGAUAACGAGGAAGAAAUCCUGAACUUCUCAACUUCAUCCUCACACUGCCUAAACGAGAAACAAGAAGAUUACAACCACCCACUUGAAAUGCCACCACACCAUGCUACAAUAACCGCCGAACACAAGAAAAAACCCAACCUUUCCAAGUUGAAGUCAGCCCUCACAGUCUUCACCAAGCGUACCCAGCUGGGGACGCGCGUGGUGGGCACGCUCUUCGGGCACCGCCGCGGCCACGUGCACUUCGCCAUCCAAGAAGACCCCAAGGUGGGACCCGCGUUCCUGAUCCAGCUGGCCACACCGACAAGUGUGUUGGUCCGCGAAAUGGCAUCGGGGCUGGUGAGAAUCGCGUUGGAGUGCGAGAAAAAGAAGAGCGAAAAGAGUAACAGUGGUUUAAGGUUGCUGGAGGAGGGUGUUUGGAGGACGUACUGCAACGGGAGGAAGUGCGGGUACGCGAGCAGGCGCGAGUGUGGGCCUGAGGAGUGGAAGAUACUGAAGGCGGUGGAGCCCAUAUCGAUGGGAGCAGGGGUUUUGCCGGUGGAGGGUUGUGAAGAAGGUGAGGUUAUGUACAUGAGAGCAAGGUAUGAGAGGGUGGUGGGUUCCAGAGAUUCUGAGGCUUUCUACAUGAUGAACCCUGAUGGAGUUGGGGGUCCUGAACUCAGCAUUUACUUGAUCAGAGUUUAACACAAAACUUCAUAUUCAUCAUACAAAUGAUUAUGACGAUGUUUAAGAUGACUCUGUUUGGCUUUGUUUUGUAAAUAAGAUGAGGGGCUGCUUCAUUCACUUCUCACUCCCUCUUUUUCCUUUUGCUUUUUUGUUAGUUUUUUUAAAUUUUCUAGAUGAGUAUAAACUAUGCUAAUACUGUAUGGUUUGGAUUCCAUAGUUUUCUCCCUUGUUAUUCACCGUUUGAGUUUGAGGUCGGGGAUUUUGGGUGUGUGGAUA